CCCUCCUCCCACUCACUCACACUCACUCACCCACACUCCAUUUUCUCUCUACUCACUCACUCACCCCAACUUCAAUUUCUUUACCAAUUUUCUGACCCUAUCACGAGAUAAAUAUUUCUUUCUUUCCUCCAAUUCCAACACACCCUUAAAUUCCCUUUAACUCUCUCUCUUAUCUUGUUUUCUUUCUCUCUUUUUAUUUCCCCCUCUAUUCAUCAUUCUUCACUCCCUCUCUCUCUCUCUUCCCCUUAUUUUCCCGCCAAUUUCUCUUUCUCUCUUUUCACUCUCUUUUUUCUUCCAUGACCGUACAAUCAACCUUGAAGCUUCACAAUCUGAAGCCAAAAGCUUCAAGAUCAAAUUUUGAAACUAACCCAUCAUUCAAAACCACCACCAAAACCCAAAACAAGAUGAAGCUACUCCGGGUCAUUCUCACUGACCAUGAUGCAACUGAUUCCGACUCUUCCGGUGACGAUGAACCGUCACCGCGAAAGGUUCAAAGAGGGAAGAGAGAAAUAACCGAAAUCACCAUGCACUUUCCUCUUGUGUCUGAUUCUCCAAAAACUUCACCUUCUUCUUCAGCUUGCUCCACUGACCCGACCCGUUUCAAAAGAACUGGAAAAGUAGUCAAAAAGUCCGGUAGUUCUCGCCGGCAAAACAUGUUCCGUGGUGUUCGUCAGAGACCUUGGGGUCGGUGGACAGCUGAGAUCCGUGACCCGAACCAACGGAAACGCGUCUGGUUAGGAACUUUUGACACGGCGGAGGAAGCCGCCGCUGUGUACGAUGAAGCAGCCGUGAAGCUCAAGGGUCCAAAGGCGGUUACCAACUUUCCAAAUAGCGACGCCGUUAAGAAAGAUGUCAACGAGCCACCGAAGAUUUUCUCCGGUGACGGUUUCGCUUCUCCGACUUCCGUUCUGCCUUACUACGACGGUGACUCGACGCCGUUUGACAGCUUUCGUUACGGAACUGUGGAUGCGUUUGGGUUCGAUAUCGACACGCCGUUAAGUUUAACGGACGUUAACUUUAUGGGGUUUCGGAAAGAAAAAGAAGAGUUCGGUGAGUUUGACUUUGACGAGUUUCUGACGUGGCCCAGUUAAACCCCGAGGGCUUAUCAGUCAUUUCAGAAGAAAAAUCCUGAGUCGUUAAUACUGAUAAUUUUUGUCGGGUUCUGUUAUUGCCUGUGAAAUCUCUAAACUACCCUUGUGACUAAGUUUUUUUUUUUUUAAUCAAGCAGCUUGUAAGAGUGUAGAGCACUAGAGUAAGCGUUAUCCUUAAGAAAAUAUUUUUGUCCUAAGUUUAUUUUGUAAUUAUUUUGUCGUUUUGUCCAAAAUAGGGAGACAUAUAUAGCUACAUUAAUACUACUAGUAGAAGGAAAAUUAUGCAAGGAAAAUAUUUAAAAUGACUAUAUUAUUAUUGUA